AAAAAAUUCAAAUUCCUAUCCAAAUAAGAAUACAUUAAAGAGAAUUUUAACAAAACAUUCUCAUUAUUGUUCAUUUUUAAUUAAAAAAAAUUCUUUUUCCCAACAUUAAAUUCCCACAACUAGCAAAUUAAAAAAAAAAUCUUUUUGAUUAAUUUUUUGCACAUUCACCUCCAACAAAAAAAGAAAUAAAUCUCUGCACUUUCCAACCAAUCCAAAUUCAAGGGUUAUUAUUUGUUCAUUCCCUCAACCUGUCUAUGUUCUUUUAUCCAUUUUAUAUCUUUUGUUUACAUUCUUCACCAACCUCUUACUCUUUCCUGUGUGCCUACUAUAUAAUUUUAUCGAAACCCAAUUCCUAGAAUUUGAAAUCAAACACUUGGUGGAGUUGAGAUCGUAUAAAAUUAAAAUCUCAGAUCUGAAAGUUCCCAUAUUUUAGUUUCUGAGGAUUAAAGUUCUGUUUUUUGCAGCUACUUUUCUGGGAUUGAGCAGGCGUGUACGGAUAAAGGUUGGAUUUUUCCCCGUUGGGAUUUUCUAGUUGUUUUAGUUUAUUCAUCGAUUAUUUUAUGGUUGGAGAUUAUAUAUACACACGCAUGGAGUGCUUUUUUAUCACAUUGCUUAUGGUUUAGCGAGAUAAGAAUGUUAUGUGAACGUUGGUUGUUCAAUUGGAUUUGUGUGUGAACUCUUGGAGUUAGUGUUUUUUCUGUGAAGUUUUAGGAUUGGGUGUUGUUUUGCUGGGCGUGUGAGAAAGUUGGUGUCUUUGGAGGUUAGAGAGAGCUUUUGUUUAGCAAUGGAUGCCGGGGCAUGUGAUUUGCAGGAUAGGAGUGAGGUGUUGGGUGGAGUUGAUCAAAAGGGGAGCGAAAAGUCGAAAGAUUCUGUUGUUUGGUCGGUUGUUGAGACUGUCAUUGUGAUUGAAUCCGAAGAGGAUGUUCGUGUCAACGGGAAAAAUGAAGGUUUGGACACAUUGGGGAGUGAGCUGGGGUCUGAUAAAGCAGUGGUAGAAGGGCUUGAGAAGCCGAAUGAUAAGGAGGCGUGCGGACAGCGUGGUAGUGAUGAGGUACCUAUACAAGUUGAGCAAGGAGAUGAGGUACCUAGUCCAGUUGAGCAAGGAGCUAAUAAGAAUUCAAACAAUUUGGUUGAUGGGAAUGUGUCCGAGACUGUUGUUGUCAUUAAUUCGGGUGAGUCUGCGAGCGUAGUUGGAGAUAAUAUAAGAUUGGUUGCGAAAGUUGAGGAAUUGGAGUCGAGUAAGGUAUUAGCAGAAGAUUCAAAGAAGAAGGUGCCUCAAGCAGCAAAGGAUUCAUGUGUGAUUGAUAUGAAGUGUGGGAGUGGUAAAGGCUUUAGUGAUAGAUGGGAUGGGGAAAGGGUUUGCAGGAUUUGCCAUUUAGGUUCUGAUAUCUCACCGGAGAGAAAAAUGGAAACUGCUAAUAGUUCUAUCACAGCGGAUUUAAUUAAUCUCGGUUGUGGGUGUAAAGAUGAGCUUGGCGUUGCUCAUGGUCAUUGUGCCGAAGCAUGGUUUAGGCUAAGAGGAAACAGGACAUGUGAAAUAUGUGGUGAGACUGCGCAAAAUAUUACCGGUCAUGGGGAUAACGGAUUUAUGGAGGAGUGGCAUGAAGCAACGCUUGCUGAUAUCGGUAAUAAUUCACUGGAGAGGAAUGUAUCAUGUUGGCGGCAACAGCCAUUUUGCAACUUCUUAAUGGCGUGUCUGGUAAUAGCUUUUGUACUUCCAUGGUUUUUUCGUGUGAAUAUGUUCUAGCAAAGGGAUGUGAAUGAAAUCUCAAGGUUCCUCUGCCGCAUUAUGUUUCAAGGCUGUAUGUGUAUCGUGCAUCGUGUGGAGUAUUGUGACAUGUUGCUUUUAAUCGGAUUGUUUCCGGUCUUCCAUUCACUUGUAAAACAAACUCUUGUGGUUUCUGCGUACACGCCCUGAAGACUGGAGGUCUCACGCUACGAGAGUUGCCGUCUUGGCAACUAGUGGAGUGCAGUUAUUUGCUGCUUUCUUGCAGUAUGACCGGUGAUGUUCUUAGAUUGUUUUUGUGGGAUUUGGCGUAGAUUUUCGCAGCUGUAGCUCGAAUAUGAAAACGAAAAGCUAGGACGUGAAAUACAAAGGGAAAAAAUUGUCGUUCUUUGUUUGUUGUAGAAUCGAUUUGUUAAAGUGAUUGAAUUGAAUAGACAUGUUUCCAUGAA